UAUAGUGCAACAAAAUAUUUUCUUUUUCGUUAAUAAAUAUUUAUUGACAUAAACUGCGAUAGUGAGGUUAUGCAUACAAAAUCAAACUGAUAAUCAAUAUUGGAAAGUGAAGAAUUUAUAGUGCGUUUUUAUUUUCUGUUUAUAUUAAUACAUAAUAUCACUAGCGUGACACGGCAUUUUUUUAAAUGUCUCAUUUAAACAUACACAAAGCGUCCUUAUAAAAUUUCAAAAAACCGCCACCAUGAGCAGGUCGGUCGAUUUUGCUUUGACACUUUGUUAACGCUCGGAGCGAAUAAAGAAAUAAUAUCAAUCUUAAUAUAUUUCAAUAAAAUAUUGUAUCUACGUUAUAUAAUUUUGUUUUAGGACAACCUGCAAAACUUGAAGAUGUAAAUGAUCCUGAUUGUAUACCAACCCAAAAUAUGGGUUACUCUAGGGGACCUGUAAAACGAAAGCAGGACUUUGAAAGACUGGAAAGAGUAAAGAAAAGAUCUUCCACAAAGGUUUCAUAAGAGGACAAUGAUACAUUUAUUGAGAAUGAAAACAAUACAGUAAGUGAAAGUAACACUACAGCAAUGUACGAAGACAGUACUGGAACCGAAACUCAAACUGAGUUAACCUCAGAUGAUAUUGAACAGAUGGCUCAACAAUUAAAAUUUUCAAAUAAAAAAAUUGACGAGUUGACUCGCAGAAUUAAUAAGACCAUUUUAAGUUUCGAGUCACUAGAAAGGGACAAUCCGAAAUGGAUAUAUUAUACCGGUUUAAAUUUUUCUGUUUUGAAGUCAGUAUUUGACAGAAUUAAACCAUUUAUUCCAUCAUCCUCAGUAACUGUUUUAGAUCCCUCUCAACAAUAUUUGUUGACAUUGAUGAAAAUGAGAAUUAAUCUAGAUUUUAAAUAUUUGGCCUACCAAUUUGGCAUUUCUCAAUCGACAUGUUCCACCUAUUUUAAUACCAUCAUCUCGAUAAUGUAUCAAAGAUUUAAAAAUAGCAUAAAAUGGCCAGAUCGGGAAAUUAUUAAAAAAACAUGCCUUCUUGCUUUAGAGAAGUCUUUCAUGAUAAGACCACAAUUAUCAUUGAUUGCUUUGAGGUGUUUAUCCAAAAACCAGCUAGUUAUUUAACCCAGCACCAAACAUGGUCAAACUAUAAACAUCAUAACACAGUUAAAUUUCUUAUUGGAAUUACUCCCCAAGGCUGUAUUUCAUAUAUCAGUAAAGCAUGGGGAGGAAGAGCAUCAGAUAAACAAAUAGUAGAGUUCUCUGGUUUUUUGGAUAAAAUAGAACCCCAAGAUAUUGUGAUAGCAGAUCGAGGUUUUUUGAUAAAAGAAUUUUUAGAUGUGUUACAAGCAAAGCUAGUAAUUCCAGCUUUUACCACGGGGAAAAAACAAUUGCUUCCACUAGAGCUGGAAGAAACUAGAAACAUUGCACAGGUUAGAAUCCACGCAGAAAGAGUUAUUGGCUCCAUUAAAAAUAAAUUUAAUAUUUUUUCAGAGCCACUUCCGAUUUCUAUGUUAACCCAUGUUACUGAUAGUAUAAAUAUAGUUAAUAAGAUAAUUUUUAUAGCAUGUGUUUUGAUUAAUUUAUGCCCUCCUAGUGUUGCAAUUUAAUUAAAUUUAACCUAUUUCACCAGAUCGUCGCCUUUUUAGUAUUUCUUUUAAUAAUUUUUGGUACACAUCUGAAGUGUCACUACGAAAAACAA